CUAUAGCAUUGUUCUCCUAUGGGUUCUUCGACCUCAUAAAUUUCAUCAUUCAUCGUAUUCGAGCCCAGUUUCUUGGUUCGACUUCUUAUCCAGACAACUCGAUCACCCUUCUUCAGUGCUCUUCUGGCGUCGCUCCAACCAUUCUUCUUCAAAUAUCUUCAGCAACCCCUUCCUUCGGGUGGCUCUCUUAUUGGCCUCGGCUACUGCUUGUUGGGAGUGUAUCGGGUCGUCUGGUAUGGCUCUCGGUCUGCUGUCAUUCCAUACAUCUUCCUGCUGGUCAUCCCACUUCGCUGUCGGGCAUCUGUGGAGUGCAGCUCUCAAGCUUUUGCCAAGGGUUCCAUGUACCCUUUCGUACCAACCACCAACCCAUGGUGAUCUAGUAGGGAUAACCCGGUGCUUCAUCCCAGCAAAUACUCUUCUACAGCAUUCGCUGUCGUGACUCCCCUGGCAUCAUCAAGCAGCUUGAACUUCACGAAACCCGUUAGACGAUCUAUAAUGGUCGACGAAGUGGCCCAUAAAGGUCCACCCCUACGAUCUCAAAAGGGUAGUUGGGGACGGGACAUAGCCCCCCUUUCGUUGUGGACCCUAGGACAUUGCUACUUCUCUUGACAAUGGACACCAACAAGCUGCUACGGUAUGACGGAAUACUGUCGGGUAUCCUGCGUGCCCGAGAGAGUGGUGCAGGACUGUAGCGACCUCCUUGACAAGCCUUCGAGAGCCCCGCCGUAUUUCUCGGAUGAGCAGACCAUCUUCUCGAAGGCGCAUCCUAUAAAGGUCACCCAUCGAGUAUACAAGUCGUCGCUGUAGUCAUUGUCAUUAACGCGUCUCCAACUCGUGAAGGCUUCCCAUUUAGCGAUGAAGUUUCUGAAGCUUGGAGUCACACAGUUGGCUUCGUAGUGGUCGGUAUCCUGGAAAGUUGAUCAGCAAGGCGAUUGGUCUUACCCGCGAUAUGUUCGACUUUCAUGGUGAUACCACGGGUCUUCCAGUCGAAGGCGAUGUCUGUCACAGCUUCCCGCAGUCGUUGUAGAGCCUUCCUUUCAAUGCUCUUGGUGCCGAUAUUCACCCAUGGGUUGCACUGUAGGUUGUCCAAACAGUCGUCGAUUCUUCGCACCGCAUGUGCGAUAGCCGUCAGCUCCUUACGGUUAACGUGCCAGGCUGCGUGAUUGACAGUUCCGAGUCUGCAUCUCUCGC